GGCCCUGUCUUCGUGGCUGGACACUUGGACAGGGCACCUUUAGUUUACAAAAAGAAAAAAAAUAUAUAUAUAUAUAUAUAUAUAUAUAUAUAUAUAUAUUCUUACCGUAAUAUCUUGUGCGUGUCUUACAUGUUUUGACUUUAGGAGUAAGUGUGCUGUAUGUCGCUGCGUCCAUUUAUGGCGUAAGUUUGGUAUCACUUGUGUGAGGACAUCGAAGCUUGAACAGCGGAAGUGUUUUUCAGCCUAGAAUUAUUCCUGCUUCUCCAUGGGCCGAAGCCGUUCUCGUUCACCGCAGCGAAGAGUAGAACGAGAAAGGGCUAGAUCUCGAUCUCGUGAGAGAGAUGGCCCUCGUGACCCGCAGCGCGAGCGAGAUCUUGAUCGAGAACGCAGGCUACCAAGGGAACGUCAUAGGAGCCGGUCCCGCUCUUUGUCUCCUAGACUCCGCAAUCGUUCACCUAGACGCCGACGGAGCCGAUCUCCCAGAAGGCGCUCUCGUUCUCCAAGGCGGAGGUCUAGGAGCAGGGAGCGUAAAGAAAAGGAAACUCCUGGGGCGCUUCCCAAAUUCCUGUUGGAACGGCCACCCAUUACAGCUAAAGACCUGGAAGGAAAAACUGAAGAAGAGAAAGAGAUGAUAAAGCUGAUGGGAUUUGCAAACUUUGACUCAUCAAAGGGAAAGCACAUACCUGGCAACAACGUUGGUGCUGUGCAUGUCAUUCACAAGCGAAAGUACCGUCAGUACAUGAAUCGGAAGGGAGGAUUCAACCGCCCACUCGACUUCGUUGCAUAAAAUCCUCGUCAACUGUGAUCGUCCAAUCUGUCCCACCAUUAUU